GUUUGGUUGAGGUUUUACGAACAAUUGAUUUCGAACAUGAAUCCUACCCAACUUAUGAAGAUUUUACAAUUCUUCCUGCGUUUGCUAUCUUCUUUCCAACUUUUCGAUAUUUCCUUGACAUAUAUGUUUUUGAGGUCAAGGCUUAUUUGGAGAGGAGAUAGGAAAUACAAAGGAUUAUGUAUGAGUUGUAUUGAUGAAAGAAUCCCUAAUUUCGAAUGGAAGCACAAAUGAAGAUUAUUUCCAAGAAUCUUGGUCUAUCAAACUGCAAGUUGUUGCUUAUGUCAAUGUAAGGUGAUUUGAAAAAAAAAAAAGUAAUGUAAUUUAGGCAUCUUUAAACAGGGUGAGAAAUGAGUAGAUAUUUCAUGAAGAUUUGGAUCCUUUAUAUGUGACAUUUAGACUAAUUAUGGUGACCAUGAAUACAUGAACAGCAACGAAAAAUGCAACACAAAGCCCCUUUUUCUGUUAGUGAUUUCAAAGAUAAAAUGAGGUGAUAAUGGUUGUCUCAAUGAAUAUAACAUUAUGGGGAUCAGAACAUGGAAGAUAAAGAGGAGAAUGAGAGUCUACCAUGGUUAAACAAAACCAAACAAAGAACCCUCAAAAAGACACGUGUCCUAAGCGCGAGUGCCAUAGCUCAAAGGAGGCGCUGGAUGAGGACCGGGUGGAAGCAUAACAUGCGUGUGGAGCAGUAGAGAGAACAUAAAGGCCGCGAUCACAUAUACCCUGAGCUAGAACCUUCCGCUUCGUGCGGUCCUGAAUGUAGAAAUAUGGUUGAGAAAAUAAAACAUCCAAAUUAUUAUCGGUUGUCAAUCAGCUAACGGACAAAAGGUUUUUAGAAAGCUUUGGAACAACCAACACAUCCCGGAGCCAUAUGUCCUUAGAUAAAGAAGUGUGACCAAUAUGAGAGAUAGGAAGAGCCUCACCAUUACCAAAUGUGACUUUGUUGGGACCGGAAUAAGAAGUGGGUUGAGUCACUCAUGUUGAUGAAGACGUCAUGUGGUCGGAAGCACCAGAAUCUACAUACCAGCAGGGGCCGGCAGAGGUGACAUGACAUUGGGCAUUAAAGGCUUUAGCGAGAUCUAAGUCCAUACUAGGGGCGCGAGUUGCUAACGAGGCAAGGUUGGGGCAAGCAUUAGCGAAAUGCCCAUUUAUACGACAAAGCUGACAGUGAGGAGGACGACGGCCUCUACCACGACCACCACGAGAUGACCGACCACCACGACCACGAUUGAGAGUGAUGGAUUUUGGAUCAGUCACAGCAGAGAACGCAACAGGUGGGGGAGAAGAGUCGUGGAGUGAUUUUAAAAAAAGUUCAUGUCCUUCGGCUUGAGUGAGAAGAUCCCGAAAAUUAAGAGGGGAGCAGGAGGCACGAAUGGCAGUGGAGAAAGUCUCAAAUGUUGCAUCAAGACCACAAAGAAACCAAUGAAUUUUGACAUGUUCAUCAACCGGUUGUCCAAUGGCAGUUAACUGAUCAAAGAUUGACUUAAAUUUCCGACCAAAUUCAGAGACGGGGGUCGAACCUUUAGACAAAAGUCGAAGCUGAUCAUGCAGAUUCUGGACUCGUUCCACUGAGGAGUUGCUGUAGGCGGCUUCCAGGGCAACCCAGAUCUGGCGUGCUGUACCGAGGCCAACAAUUUUAGAAAAAGCUUCCUCCGUGAGAGAGGCUUGGAGAAGAAUCACAACACGUUGAUCGGCGGCAUGCCAAGUGGGAAGGGCCGGAUUCGGUUCAGUUUUUCCGUCUUUGGUGAUUGUAGCAGCAGGAGGGAGAGAGGAGCCAUCGACAUGGCCCACCAGAUUUUGGUAUGUAAGAAGUGGUAGGAGUUGAUUCUUCCACAGUAGAUAGUUGGAGGAGGAGAGACGGAUUGUGAUUAGAUGCAUGACAGUAUUCAAUGAAAGAACAGAAUCAGAAGUAUUGGAAGUGGAGGCCAUGAGGCUGUAGGCGAGAGACAGAAAGAGAAGGCAAGAGGGUAGGGAGAUGAGAAGAUAGUGAUCAGAAGGUGAAGGAUCGUAUUAGGCUAUGAUACCAUGAGAGAAUAACUCUCGAUGCCCAAAAAGAGGCAGAGAGGAAACUUUAAAUACAUGAAAUAUUUACAAAUACAACAUACAAGGAAUUAAGUAAAUACAGGGGUAAAACUGGAAACUAUAGACUCUUCAUAUAACUAACAGACUGACAUGGUGCAGGGUAUAGGAAGACAAUUAAUAUUUGGAAAGGAACAUCAGAAGCUAGAUGUCGAUACAGAAGAAAGAAAGAAAAAAAUACGAAAAUUUAAAGAAUCGGCAUGGAAAUGUGCUUAUUAUCUUUCAGCUGAAAUUCUUGCUUUAAUUGUAACUCAUAACGAGCCUUGGUUCACAAAUACUAUCAACUUCUGGAUAGGUCCUAAUAAUCAAAGAUGGCCCGACCAAAAAGCAAAGUUAAAACUGAAAGGUCUAUACAUGUACACGGGUGGAUUCUACGUGUAUUCCAUAUUUGCUUUAGUUUUCUGGGAAACGAAAAGGUCUGACUUUGGUGUGUCAAUGGCGCAUCAUGUUGCAACUGUCAUCCUCAUUGUAAUGUCUUAUAUUUGUAGAUUUGUACGUGCUGGUUCUGUGAUUUUAGCUCUUCAUGAUGCAAGUGAUGUGUUUCUUGAAGUAGGAAAGAUGUCUAAAUACAGUGGUGCCGAAGGACUUGCAAGUGUUUCAUUUAUAUUAUUUGUGAUUUCAUGGAUAAUCCUUCGGCUUAUUUGUUACCCUUUUUGGAUUCUACGGAGUACAAGUUAUGAAGUUGUUAUGUUGUUGGAUAAAGAUAAACAUGAUACACUGAUACCAAUCUACUACUAUAUCUUCAACACCCUUCUUUUCUGCUUGCUUGUUCUUCAUAUCUAUUGGUGGGUGCUUAUAUAUCGAAUGCUUGCUAAACAAAUCCAAAAUAGAGGCAAACUUAGUGAUGAUGUUCGUUCAGAUUCUGAUAGUGAUCAUGAACAUGAAGAUUGAUCGAUCAUUCUUAUAGUAAAAUGGUAAUUGGAUUCGCCAAGAAAUUGAUAGAAUUAUAACAUGCUAAAGAGUUAUUGGUGGGUGAAAUAAUUCCAGCACGAACGUUUCGUUCCUUAAUCAAGGCACAUUGUAUAUUUGUAUGAAAUCAAUCAAAUGUUUGGUAUUAUACAGGAGUCAAUGUAUAGAAAGUUCAAAUGUAAUGAAAAGUCAACUACAAUAGGUUCUUAAUUUGGUUGCAGAAUGAUCUUGACUCAAUAUUGUAGAACUUAUUUACACCUAAAUACCUAAUUAAAGCUAACCGAAUGAUCUAUCU